CUCUGGCGGACAUUGUAGAUGAAUGUUUACCACGGUCUGUGGCGAUUAAAUGUUAGAACAGCUAGCCUUUUGACGAACUUGCAGAUGGUCGAGAGACGUUACCGUCCGGUUUCAUUCCUGACCACAUUCACUCAAUCGCCGUUCUGCCUGACUGCUACCAGCUUUGGUCUGAGCCAUGGCGACACCAGCCUCUAUCGCCACUCGCCCCAAGCGAGAGCUCAAAGUGCUUUCACUGGGUAUGACACGCACUGGGUCGGCCUCCAUCACUCAAGCCCUCGAGGUACUCGGAUAUCAAGGCGUGCAUCACGGCAUUCAAGCCAUCAGUUCGCCGGUCGAGUGGGAUUUCUUCAGCAAAGCAUGCGAUGCUUUCUACCCCGUACUGCCGACCUACACCGGCGCGCCAUUCACACGCGCCGACUGGGAUGUUAUCUUUGGGCCUUAUGAGGCCGUUACCGACAUGAGCUCCUUCUUCGCGACGCAGCUCAUCGAGGCCUAUCCCGAGGCAAAGAUCAUCCUGGUAGAGCGUGAUGUCGACGAGUGGUACGACAGUAUGGAAGCAGCCAUCUUCAGCACCACAUGGGGGCUUCGCGCUGACCUCGUAAUCAACAUACUAGGUCCGCUAUAUGGGCUCAACGGCGGCAAGACGAUUCGCAAAAUCAUGUUGGGCUUCUAUGGUGUGAGCAAUGUGCAAGAGAUGCGGCGAGUUGCCAAGGAUCGGUAUAGGCUGCAUUAUGCGGAAGUCCGGGCUGCGGUGCCUGCCCACCGCUUACUCGAGUUCCGCCUGGAGGAUGGCUGGAAGCCGCUAUGCGAGUUUCUAGAGAAAGAGGUACCAGACGCACCAUUUCCUGUGAAGAACAAGAGAGAUGAGCAUGUGAAGCGGGUAAAGCAAAAGCAAGACAUGUUUUUCAAACACGUUGCAGCAAGAUUUGCCAAGAAAGCAAUACCCUCCGCCCUGAGUGUCGGCAUCCUCGGCCUGGUUGUGUGGAAGAGCAGAUCUGGUGUGCGAUGGGCUGAGAUAUUGAGCACCCUCAAGAAGAUGUUGGCAGAGGCCUGGUGACGAGUUUCGCUGGUCGUAGCGGCGAUGCGGCUGAUCGGCAGAGUGGGACAGUGGAACGAUCGCGAAGAUUCUCUUUGGCAGACCUAAGUAAUCCGGAAUGAAGCAUCAAGCAACGCGCAUAUACUAUUCAUCGCUCCUCCCGCAGUCAAAGAAGCCAGUUCUCCU